CGUCCUGGUCGGCCGUUUUGCUUGAUCGCAUUGACGUUGCAUUGCACCAAUUGAGUGCAUUAAGCAACUCGCCAAAGAGAAGAAGAAGAAGAAGAAGAGACCUUUAUCAAUUGCUUCUCGUAUUUUGGUGUUAUGGCACCGGCGACUGCAGCGUCAGCGUCGCUGACACGCGACAACAUCAAGUUCCUGGCCAUCGCACGCGCUACGGACAAAGUGAUUGUUGCCAGUUACAUGCACCCGUCAGGUGGCAAGCCUGCACGCGGUGGGGAGGCUGAGAUGGCCACGUUCAGAGAGAUGUUGAGCAAGGUGAUCCGAGCCCCGACAUGGAAGACACAGGUGACGCCCAACGGCCGUCACUCGCUCGAGUGCGACCCUAAUAAGUUCCACUUCACUAUGAACAACGAUGAGCUCGUGUUUGCAGCCAUCACUGCCAAGGACUACCCCAUCCGAUUGGCUUUUCAGAUGAUCUCGGCGGUGCAGACGGACGUUGUACCGAAAUUCGGAUCCAAGGCGCUGACCUGUCGAGAGAACGGACUGGAUAAGGACUGCGCCAAGGCGCUCGCAGGUAUCGCUACCGGAUACGACGACCGCACCAAGGUGGAUAAACUGUCCGAGGUGAUGAACCAAGUGGAUGGCGUCAAGACAGUCAUGCACAACAAUAUCCAAGUGGUGUUGUCUAAUACGGAGAAGAUGGAGGUCGUGGAGCAGAAGACCAACGACUUGAACGAGCAGGCCAAAGUUUUUCGCAACACUGGUCGGAAGUUGCGCCGGCAAAUGUGGUGGAAGAACGUCAAGCUCACGAUCCUUCUGGGUGUCUGCGCCGUGCUCGUGCUCCUCAUCCUCCUUGCAGUGCUAGGAGUCUUUAAAGGCUCCAGCUCCAAGGACUCCAAGAGAUUACUCCGAGCCUUUGCUAGUCACAUCAAUUAUUUGAUAUCAGAGGUUCAACUCUCCCGCGCACUAUUUGGCGCCAAGAGCUCACUAACCAUGACGACCGAGACUGCGCAGGAGCUCGAGAAGACGCUGACGGACCCUCGCUACGUGCGUGGCGUGUCGCUGCUGAAGGAGAAGCGUCUGGAGGAGGCUGUGGUGGCUUUUGGGGAUCUUCUGCGCACUAUGUGCGAGGCGGAGGGUAAGAGCGACUCGCUAGCUGUCGCCCCGGUAUACUACGAGUACGGCCACGCUCUGUUGAGUCUUACAGAGGCCACAGCCAGUCUCUUCGGUGGCGCAGUAGAAGGUGCAGCCGCCAGUGGCAGCGGAGACGGAGAACAAGACGCCAAGGAGGCGGCAGACGACCUCGAGGCCGCUUGGGAAGUCAUGGAACUGGCACGCGUCAUCUACUCGCGCUACCCAGGAGACCAGGCGGUUGAGACGCAGCUGGCUCGAGUGUAUACGCGACUCGGAGACUUGGGACUGGAAAGCGAUCAGUUCGAACAGGCCAAGGUGGACUUUGAGAAAGCUCUACUACUGCGGAGGAAGCUGCUAAAGGCUACGAAGGCCGACGACACGACGCAGCUGGCAGAUCUGUACUGUCAACUAGCCAUUGCCUGUAUCUACAGAGACUCCACAGCUGAUAAGGACAAGGAAGUGGAAGUGGUGCCUAAUGAAGAACUGACGCACUAUGUGAUGGCGGGACGAGUCAUGGCGGAGAAUCUUCAUCGUGUAGCCAAGAAAUGCGACGACAAGCUGCAGAAGUUUGCGGAGAAGAUCCCAAAAUAUUCCCUUGAAGAGGAAACGGAGCCAAAGGGAAAAGGCAAGAGGAAGGCGCCGUCCAGUGAGGAUUCCACGCUCUCGUUGCAGUUCAAGGGAGACCACCCAGAGGCGUCAAGGAAGACGAGAAGGACAAGAUGA